AUUGAAGACGAAACUCAAGUCUCUCGAGCCACCCAGGGUGAACAGGAUAACUACGAGAUGCACGUUAGAGCUGCAAACAUUGUCCGAGCUGGGGAGUCCCUGAUGAAACUUGUGUCUGACCUGAAGCAGUUCUUGAUCCUCAAUGAUUUCCCCUCUGUGAAUGAAGCUAUCAACCAGCGCAACCAGCAGCUGAGAAGCUUGCAGGAGGAAUGUGACAAGAAAUUGAUUGCACUGCGGGAUGAGAUCUCCAUUGACCUGUAUGAGCUAGAAGAAGAAUAUUACUCUUCCAGCUACAGUCUGUGUGACAGCAGCGACCUCCCGCUGUGCGAAGCCUACUGGAGACAAGACCUUGCCACACUGUCUCCCGAAAGUCUCUCCAUGCCC